UCACUUCAAUCUUGAAUCCCAAACAACAAAUGCAACAAAGGCAAUCAGAGAUGCGUAUAUUCGCUUGUCUUGUAUUUAUCGCUCUGGCACACGCCACUCAAGGAGCUCCAUCCCCUCAGGUCAUCGAUAAUCAAGAUAUUCCUAUCGGCAAAUUUAAGUAUCAAGUGUCAUUGAGAAACAACGACAAACACAUAUGCAGUGGAUCUAUCCUUAAUAAUUUCAAUGUGCUAACUUCAGCAAGUUGUAUUGCCGAAUUGAAGUGUUCACUAAAUGAAACAAAGGUCCAUGUGGGCACAAACUUUUUAAACGAAUCAGGAUAUGUUUAUGACAUAGAGAGUAUUAGCGUCCACCAAAAUUACGACAGUUAUUUACUCAUUAAUGACAUCGCCUUGCUUCACCUCGACACUCCUAUGAGAUACAACGUACUGGUGCAACCGAUAACUCUUUCAAAAUCCGACAAAAAUUUCGAAAACAAGCCAUGCACGUUAUCUGGAUGGGGAUUUGAAACAAAUGGAAAUAUUUCGAAUAGCUUACAGGAAAUUGACUUAAUAGGUUAUAAACAGACAGAAUGCGCGAAAAAGCACUGGCAACUGACAAGUAGCCAUAUCUGCACUUCACCUCAAAACAAAACUAUAUGCCAGAAUGAUUUUGGUGGACCUUUGGUCAUCAGUGGAGCACAACUUGGAAUCGCUUCCUUCGGUAACCUUUGCGAGCCUGAAAAUCCAACCGUUUACACAAAAGUGACCAGUUUCCUGCCAUGGAUCAACGCAAAUUUGAAAAUUACGAUACGUAAUUUCAACAUGUACACUUUCUUUGUUUUGAUAGUGGCCUUACAAUUAGCGAUAGCCAUUCAUGGAGUUCCAAGCAAUCACAUUGUUGGUGGAAAGGACGCACCGGUUGGCAAGUUCCCAUACCAAAUAUCUCUGAGAAUAUUUGAACGUCAUUCCUGCGGUGGAUCCAUCAUAAAUCGGCAUACCAUUCUCACCGCCGCUCAUUGCAUAAGAGGCUACGGCUCGGACCCCAAAGCUUUGGAAUCGCUAACUGUCCACGCUGGCACAAAUCUACUAAACGAAAAUGGUACCGUCUACAAAGUUAAACAAGCCAUCAGUCACGAGGAUUUUGAUAGCUUUAAAUUAGUUAAUGAUAUUGGUUUACUUAUUUUAUCUACUUCAAUUGAAUAUACUAAAUAUAUACAGCCCAUAUCACUUGCAAUUACCGAUAUUGCUCCCAGCGGCUCUUCCUGCAUCUUAUCCGGAUGGGGACAAACUAUGAUGGACGGUUCGGUUCCUAACAAAUUACAAGAGAUUGAAUUAAUUAUUUUCGAUUACUAUAAAUGCAAACAAACUUACUGGGGGCCACAAAAAAUACAACCUAGUCACAUUUGUACAUUCACCACAUUAGGAGAAGGCGCGUGUAAGGGAGAUUCCGGUGGUCCUCUUGUUUUUAAUGGUGUUCAAAUCGGUAUCGUUUCUUUUGGUGUACCAUGUGCUCUUGGAAGACCCGAUGUAUUUACUAGAGUGUCCUCUUUCAAGGAAUGGAUCCAAAAAUAUAUUGUCGAAUAA